AUGGUUAGAAAAUCGAUUCAACGUGGAGACAGAUCGUCUCUCAGUAUUUCCAUUUCGAAUACAGCUAUCGUACAAGUAGACGAAAAGACUGGUCAGAUCCUUUCUGCAACCAACUCCAAUGGUUCAGAAUAUGAACAAUUCAAUGAACAUACUCUUGAAAGAGGUUUGAAAUCAAGACACGUUCAGUUAAUUGCAAUUGGUGGUGCUAUCGGGACUGGUUUAUUCGUUGGUUCGUCCCUUAUCUUAACUACAUGUGGUCCUGGUAGUUUGUUCCUUUCAUAUUGUGUAAUGUCAACUCUUAUUUAUUUUGUCAUGCAAAUGAUGGCCGAAAUGACUACAUAUUUGCCACUUCCUGGUAAUGGUCCUCAAGCUUUCGUUAAUGAUUUCUUAUCAACCUCCUUUGGUUUCACUGUUGGUUAUAAUUAUUGGUAUACAUUUAGUAUUUUGGUUGCAGCAGAAAUUACAGCAGCGGCUAUUGUUAUUGAAUAUUGGAUAAAGUCGGUUAAUGUCUCAGUUUGGAUUACUAUCUUCUUCUUCAUAAUCUUCGGACUUAAUAUGAUUUCAGUUGCAUUCUUUGGUGAAGCUGAAUUUUGGUUUGCAUCUAUCAAGUUGAUUACCCUUAGUGGCUUGAUCAUCUUAGGUGUUGUUUUGUUCUUUGGUGGUGGGCCAAAUCAUGAUCGGUUAGGUUUCAGAUAUUGGAAAGAAGGAGCCUUCCUCGAACUUCCAGAAGUAAGCGGAGAUGGUGGUAAAUUCUUAGGUUUCUGGUGGGCCUUAGUUAGAAGUGGUUUCGCAUUUAUUUGUUCUCCUGAAUUGGUUUCUACAUCUGCUGGUGAAUGUGCUGCACCAAGAAGAAACUUACCAAAAGCUGCUCGUAGAUUUAUUUGGAGAUUGGUAUUCUUCUAUGUUUGUGGUACUUUAAUCAUUGGUGUCAUUGUUAGUGCUAGGGAUCCAAGAUUACUUUCCGCCUUAGGUGGGGAAGAUGCAUCUGGUUCUGCCUUUGUUAUUGGUAUCCAAAAUGCCGGUAUUCCUGUCUUAAACCAUAUUAUUAAUGCAGCCAUUUUAACUUCAGCAGCAUCUGCAGGUAACUCAUUCUUGUAUUCUGCUUCAAGAGCUUUGUUUUCAAUUGCUCACAGAGGUAAUGCACCAAAAUUCUUAUUGAAGGUUAAUAGAUUCGGCGUUCCAUAUUAUUGUGUUUUAAUUUCAUCCUUAUUUGGAUUACUUGCAUAUCUUAAUGCUGGAGAAGGUUCCAGUAAUGUUUUCAGUUGGUUCAUGAAUAUUUGUACUAUUUCUGGUUUCAUUUCUUGGAUUAUGGUUGGAUUUGCUUAUUUAAGAUGGCGUAAAGCAAUCUUUUUCCAAGGUCUUUGGGACAGAGUUCCUUACAAAACCAUUUUCCAACCUUAUGGUACUUAUUAUAUGAUUACUAUGAUUGGUCUUUUAACCCUUACGAACGGAUUCAGAGUCUUUUUCGAAUUCAACAUUGGUGAUUUCUUAGCUUCUUAUGUUACCUUCCCAAUUCUUCUUGCUUUAUACUUUGGUCACAGAUUCUAUGAAUAUAAAGUGAAUGGAGUCAAGCACUGGGUUGUUCCUAUCGAAAAAAUUGAUGUUAUUACCGGUUUAGAUUUGAUUGAAGAAGAAGAAGCAAACUAUCCUCCACGUGUUCCAAGAAACUUUGCUGAAAGAGUCUGGUUCUGGGUCGCUUAG